AUAUUGAAUUUAUAAUUUAGUUUUGUUAAUAUGGUGGAACGUGUGGAAGAGUACCGUAACCUCAACUCUGAUAUACCUUAGUUUGGUUUGGUACUCUUUCAAUUGAAUUCAAGAGAAUAAACGCAUGCGCGCACAUGCGUAACCCUCUCUAUUUCUUUCUACAACAAACUCAUAUCAAGAUCGUUCCUUUUUUCAAGAUUCACCUUUCUGAACCCUCUCCUCCAAUUGCCUUCCCUCCAUUUUCUCUUCACUUCCGCUAGAUUAUUCAAAUCCCAAUUGGUAUUCGUUUUUUUUUCCUUUCAAUUAUUAUCGAAAUAGUUUUCGAUUCUGACAAGGAUUUUGGAGGGGGGCAAGUGUCAUCAUUAUCGAUGUGUGAUGUGUCUUUUUUCUUUCGUGGGUAUCAUCAUUCGUAGGUUGAGUUUUUUUUCCCCCUUUUUAUGUGUGGCAAUGAUUUAAAUGUCUUAAUUUUGAAUCUUAUCCGUGAGGGAUUAUUAGCUGCUACUGCAUAAUUGAGAAGUGUACUAUAGAUAGAUUACUGCUUAAUUCUUGGAGUGAUUAAAGGUGUCUUAAUUUUGGGUUUUGGAGAUCAAAGGUGUUUUAUUUGUUAAUUUGUUGAAAAUUGUUGAUUUUGUUACAUAAUUGUCUGGUUAGAUUUCUGGGUUCAGAAGAAUUUAAGGUUGAGGAUAUUCAGAGGUUUUGGUGAUUUUUGUUGUUGUUAUUAUUAGUUGUUGGAACUUGGUGGGUUGUUUGUGGUGAAUGUUGUUUGUGUAAUCUGUUGCAUUGCAAUGUCUGGGGGAACACCGGUUGGGGCAGGUGGUUUUAUGAGGCAGAGACACAGCCAGGGUUAUGCUAGUAGUGGCGAUGACUUGGAGGAUGAUGCAUGCUCGAGGCAGCGUCAUUUUUUGGCACCAAGUCCUCCACGGUGGACAUGGAUCGAGAUGCUUGAAAAUUUUCUUUGGCUUGCUUCAGCUGUUUUUAUUCUAUACUAUGGUGAUCAGCAUUCCAAUUUGAUUUAUCUUGUGUGCCAUGACGAUCGUAUUAGAAGACUGCCUUUAUAUCUUGGGUUGAUUGGCAUUGGUUUGAACGCAUUGAUUUUCGUUUAUACAAGUGUUUUGGCAUGGAGCGUUCGUAGGUUUGAUGAAAAAUGGGGACUAAAGAAAUGGGAAAUAACAAGUAUCACCGUGUUGCCAUUCGCCACUGUAUUUGGAAUCAUCUCGUUUUGCUUGUUCUCUUUUGCUUUGUGGCCAAUAUGGAGUUUCUUGACAAUUCCGCUUCUGUUUACACUAUUCAUGGCAUGCAUGGUAGUAAUCCCUUAUCUCAUUUUUGGGACUCUCCGGCCUCAGUAUGAUGAACUCCGAACAGAUUAAGCUUUGCAGUUUCGCUUGAGGAAUAGUACUGACUUAGACAAAGAGUUUUCUAACACACGUCAAUUAUUGAUUGGUAGCUUUGAUAUGUGGUUUGAAGUUUUGUUUUGUCUCAAAGUGGCAUGAUGUAUUACAUGUUCAAUGUUCAUGUUGUGCCUUCCUAAACUGGUGGUGCCGUGGUGCUAGCAGGAAGAACUAAAAUUCUUUUUCAUUCAUACAAUUACAUUAACUUAGUUGCUACAGUUAGAGAUAUAGGACUUGUGGGUAAAAAUGUUUAGUUUUAUGAAAUGGAUGUCUUUAGUUGAGAUGAUAUCACGACGGCAUUUUUGGAUUAUCGAUUUUGUGUGUUUAUCGCGGCAUUUUUGGAUUA